UCUAUAUCACUACUUCACCAUCCACACAAAGAAUGCAUGAAAUACAUUGGUUGUAUUUGAUGUUACUGCUGUUAAAGUGCUCAUCAAAUGAAGCAUAUAAUCAAUUGGUGUCAAUAUCUGACCAGGUGGUUAAAGAGGGGGAUGCUAGAGUAGUAUUAUCAUGUGACUAUUCAAAAGUUAAUUCUACACUAAAUAUCAUCAGAUGGGAUGAAGUAAAUAAUGCGGGAGCCACUCUUAUACCUGGUAUUGUAAGUGAUAAAAUGAUGGUCAAUGGUAGGUAUAGCUUAGAAACACAACCUGGGAAGGCUAACCUUGUUGUCUCAAAGCCAGGAAGAAAUGAUUCCGGAAGGUUUUUUCAAUGUCAGAUCCGAAUAGCAAAUGGAGAUUAUAUACAUUCACCGUAUCCUGCCAAUAUCACUGUAUAUUACUUAGAUGAGCCCGUCGCAACUGCUUCAGCAAGUAUUGUGAAUGAGGGUAAAUCAGUGAACUUGACCUGUAGUAAACUGGAUGGUGACCCGGUCCCUAAUAGUAUCUCAUGGUAUAAGGAUGGACAAGCACUUAACGUCACCGACACUUCUAUAUUUACUACAAGUGAAGAUGAACUUGAAAUUCACAUUAAAUUCGCAACUUCAGCUGAUGGUGGUCUUUAUACAUGUAAAGCUGAAAGUGAUCAAUUCAAUAGAGAAGAUGGCAAAACCAGUGCUCCAUUUAACCUGACAGUAAAUAAAUACUAUCUAGACAAGCCUGUCAUCACUGCCUCAGAAAAAAUUGUAUAUGAAGGUGAUUCAGUGACGUUGACGUGCAGUACACCUGAUGGUAACCCGGAUCCUAAUAGUAUCACAUGGUAUAAAAAUGGACAAGCACUUAACUCUACAAACACCACGAAAAUUACUAAACUUGAGGAUACAAUUAAAAUACACAUUAAAGCCGCAACUGUAGAUAAUGGUGGCCGAUAUACAUGUAAAACUGAAAGUGAUAAAUUCAAGGGAGAAAAUGGAAAAACCAGUGCUCCGUUUGACUUGAGGAUAAUUGAAUUCUACAUUAGCCUUAAAUUUAAAUCAGAAAUUUGUAUUGCAACGUGCAUUGCUGAUAGUUAUCCAAAGCCAUCUUAUGUAAUGAUAUUUCAAGAUGGAAAUAAAAUGGAGACAGGAGAACUUAGUGCAUCUGUGGAAAUUAAUGAGCAUAUUUGUAAAUCAAACAUCACAUGCUUUGCAGAGAAUGGAGAAGUUAAUGCAACUGAAAAAUUGAAGUCCUGUAACCCAGGGGUUUCAAACUCACAACCCACAACUCAAAAAACACUUAUUGUAGUAGUUAUUGUCACAGCAGUUACAGCAAUUACACUGGGCUUUGUUCCAACUUGUCUAAUAUGCCGCUACAUACAUAAAAGGCAAGAAAGAAGAAAUCGUCUCCAGUUGGCAAACAUACAUCAGUACCAAGGAAUGGCAUAUAAGCGUACAAGUGGAAAAUAUGAAAUACCUAAUGUAGAUACUUCUUACUGUGAUGUUGACGCCAUUUACGAACAAUCUCUACAUUUGUAAAUUUUAACUGGUGUUUUAAUUUACUCUGUU